AAGAGGCAGCACAGCAGGUGCAGGUGCCCAAUGCCGAGAGAGAGAGGCGCGAUCCAAAGUCUGAUCCUCCUCCUGCCUGCGCGCCGCAAAAAUCCUGUGGAGCCAGAGCCCACGGCAGCCAGCGACACCAAAAGCGCAAGCUUCCAAAGCCGCCCCGCCGCGCCGCGCCGCGCCACACCGCCCGGGCACGCAUCCCAAAGACCGACGCCGUCGCCAACCUCUCCUUCGCUCCCAACCGCUCUUUUCUCCCUUUUAUUCCUCCCUCCCUUUCCGCGCUCGCGCGCCCCCCACCACUCGCCGCGCCGGCGCCGGACGGCCGUGACGGCGGCGGAACCCUAGAGCCGGCCGUCGGGAGCUUCGGCGGCGCUCGGUCCGUUGGGUCGAUGGCGUCGUGCGGGUGCCUGGUGGUCGAGAAGGUGGACGACCACGGCGGCGACGCCAGGGGGAACGGCAACGGCAACGGGAGGGGGCGGGCCGAGUGCUGGUGCGGCUCCUGCGCGGGGGCGCGCCGGCGGCUCGAGACCAUGUUCCCCAUCUACGUCAUGGGGACCUCGCGCGCGCGCGGCCUGCUCGACUCCGCCGCCGGGGACCCCAUAUGGGAGGCCGUCAAGUCCGAGGCCAAGUCCGAGGCAGAGAAGGAACCUAUUUUAAGUAGCUUCUUAUACGCGAGCGUAUUAUCUCACGACUGUCUGGAGCGAGCGUUGAGCUUCGUCCUUGCAAACAGGCUUGAAGACCCAACACUGCUUGCUACUCAGCUAAUUGACAUCUUUAAUGAUGUCAUGAUGAACAACGUAGAUAUACGCCGUUCCAUUCGCCUCGAUGCACAGGCCUUCAAAGGCAGAGAUCCUUCAUGUGCACAAUAUAGCUGGGCCCUAUUAUACUUAAAGGGUUACCAUUCCUUGCAGUCGUAUAGGAUAGCUCAUGUGUUAUGGAAUCAAGGGCGUAAGGUUUUGGCGCUGGCACUGCAAAGUCGUAUUAGUGAGGUUUUUGCAGUGGAUAUACACCCAGCUGCCAAAAUUGGGGAGGGGAUAUUGUUGGAUCAUGGAACAGGUCUAGUCAUUGGUGAAACUGCAGUUAUUGGCAAUUGGGUUUCAUUAAUGCAGGGUGUUACGCUUGGAGGUACUGGCAAGGAACAUGGAGAUAGGCACCCCAAGAUCGGUCAGGGAGCGCUUCUUGGAGCUGGUGCUACCAUCCUCGGCAACAUAAGCGUAGGCGAAGGUGCCAUGAUCGCAGCUGGUUCCCUUGUUUUAAAGGAUGUACCUCCCCACAGCAUGGCGGUUGGAAAUCCUGCAAAGGUAGUUGGCUACACAGAGAAGGAAGAUCCUUCUUUAAGUAUGAAGCAUGACGCAAGGCGGGAUUAUUUCGAGCACGUCGCUGGUAGUUUCGCAGAUGAUAGAUCCAACGGAAAGUGUCUUCUCUGCAGGAAGUGCUAUGAAGUGAAACUUGGAUGAAGUGGCGACACAAGGAAUGCAUCUCUCUUGACGUCCCUACUUCCUGGAGCAGGAGCACGCCGGUGGAUGUUUGGUGACGCAUGAGUGCUUCUCCUCUUCGCGAGGAACCCUCUUGUGAGGCCACACACGCAGGCUAGUCUCCCGGGGUCUCCUGAACCUCCCCCAGAUGUAUAUUUUGAUGCGCCCUUUUAACUGGUGCAGUAAUGUGGAGACAUUUUGUUGUAAAGCUGGAAGGGAUGGUACAAGUCUUUUGAAGAGAUCUCCAGCUGCAAUACUGCAUACCUCGGUGUAGCGUUUGUGACCGUUCUGAAUCAGCAGAAAAAUAAGUAAGUUGACAUUGAA